UGGCAUGAUCAUUGAACCAUUACUUUUCGUUAUAAUCUGUUAUUGGAUAACUGGCUUGCGGCCGACAUUUUUUGCAUUCAGCAUAACGGCUAUCUCUAUCGUUUUGGUUAUGAAUGUGGCUACUGCCUGCGGCUGCUUCUUUUCCACAGCAUUCAAUUCUGUGCCAUUGGCAAUGGCAUAUUUGGUACCUGUUGAUUACAUUUUCAUGAUUACAUCUGGAAUUUUCAUUAAAAUUAGCACUUUGCCUAUGGCCUUUUACUGGACACAAUUCCUGUCGUGGAUGUUAUAUGCGAAUGAAGCAAUGACGAUUGCCCAGUGGUCUGGUGUUCAAAAUAUAAGUGAGUAUUUUUUUUUACUAAGCGCGCAAAUAGAAUACUUACGAAAUUAUAUAUUUUCUAACUUUAAGUUAUACUUAAGAUAUGAUUGAC